UAGCGUCUCCAUUGAAUGGGCAGGAAGCAAUUGCAAUGUAUAUUAAACACAGAGAAGAACGUGAUUCAGUUUUUGGAUGAAUGGGCGAGCAUGAAAAAGCCAAUCGAGCUCGUCGAAGAGAUGAAGAAAGCUACUUUCAAGAUCACAGCCUUCGCUUUCCUUGGCUAUAUCAAGGAAUCAACUUUUCAGGCAACCGACACCCUAUUUACUGAUUAUCGUCGCGGACUUAUGGUUCCGGCCAUAAAUAUCCCCGGUUUCACAUUCCAUAAAGCACUCAAGGCACGAAAUAAGUUGCUAAAGAUCAUUCGAUCUGUCUUGGAAGAACAGAAGGCGAUGGUUAAAAUUAAUGAACCCAAGGGAAAGAAAUAUAUGAUUGAUUUGCUUAUGGAUGUUGAAGAUGAGGAUGGAAAACAUCUGGAUGAUGAGCACAUUGCAGAUGUGAUACUCACUUCCUUAUCAGCUGGUUUUGAUGGCAUCUCACUGGGUUCCUUCUGGGGAUUUAUGCACCUUUCAGGAAAUCUUCAAGUCUUCAAAAAAGCCAAGGAGGAGCAAGAGGAGAUCGUAAGUAGAAGACCAUCUACCCAGAAAGGAUUGAUCCUUGCGGAGAUUAAACAAAUGCACUAUCUUGCUAAGGUGGUUGAAGAAAUGUUGCGCAUGACAAAUACCUUAGCACUAUUCCGAAAGGCGAAAAUCGAUGUUAGCAUCAAUGGAUACACCAUACCAAAAGGAUGGAAAGUUUUGGCCUGGAAUGGAGCUGUUCAUAUGGAUCCGACAAUAUAUGAAAACCCAAAAAACUUUGAUCCCUCAAGAUGGGAAAAUAUGAGUGUCAAACAACCAGGGGCUUUCAUGCCCUUCGGAGCAGGAACCAAAUUUUGUCCUGGAAAUGAACUGGCCAAGCUUGUCAUAACCAUUUUCCUUCAUUAUUUUCUGCUAAAUUACAAGAUGGAGCGAUUUAAUCCAGAAUCCCCACUAUGCUACAAGCAAGCUCCCUUGCCUUUGGACAACGGCCUCGUCCGAUUCACAAAGACAACAUAAAAUUAAUACAUCCGCAGCUUGCUAGCUAGCUUCAUGAACAGAUGAUCAUAUGCAGCUUGCUAGCUUCAGUUAUAUAUAAGUUUCUUGCACUACUGUUGUUAUAUAUAUGCAUUAAUAAUUAUGCAAGAAUAAAUUGUUAAGUUGUUUAUAUUAUCAACCUCCGAUCGAACAGUGCUCCAGUACUGAUUGAAUGGUCUGUUGUGAGGAUUAAGAAUAAAACAGCUCCUAAUUACUAUUAAUUUCAGCUGUAACAGCUCCUUUAAUUUUUGUUUUUUAUCUCCUUAGUCAUCAAAUGGUUAUAAUUUCUU